AUGAACGGAACAACGUCGAUCACAACUUCAGAGGAUCACCAUCAACAUCAGCAACAGCAGAACGAUGUACCAUCAGACCGUCCAAGAAGCCCUACUAGUCCGCUGAGUAUUCGACACGACUCGGGCGAGAGCAGCGUAAUCUCCCCAGGCUUACCAGAACGCUACAGUCCUUUAGGGGCCACAGGCUCGACCUCUAGUCACGAUCCUUACGCCUCGAGGUCGGUGCAGGAGUGCCCGGUCCCUCUUUGCCGAGGUAUACCGACGGAUUUCCCGCUGGCUCGGUCACCGUACUUAACCGCCCUGGGAAACGGUCAUCCCCAUUUGCUGGGACAGGUCCAGCAGCAGCACCCGCAACAGCAACAACAACAGCAACCGCAGCACGGCAGCAAACCGCCGCGCAGCCUCGGUUUGAUAUGCGUGGUCUGCGGCGACACCAGUUCCGGUAAACAUUACGGGAUUCUGGCCUGUAACGGGUGCAGCGGCUUCUUCAAAAGAAGCGUCCGACGGAAGCUCAUAUACAGAUGUCAAGCCGGUACCGGAAGAUGUGUCGUGGAUAAAGCUCACCGAAAUCAGUGUCAAGCGUGUCGUCUGAAGAAAUGCAUGCAGAUGGGAAUGAAUAAAGACGCCGUGCAGAAUGAACGGCAACCCAGAAACACUGCCACCAUCAGACCGGAGGCUCUCGUUGAGAUGGACCAGGAGCGCGCGCUUCGGGAGGCAGCGGUGGCCGUCGGUGUUUUUGGGCCACCUGUGUCUCUGGCUAUGGCGAGAUAUACGACACCGUUGCCUUUGCCCACAAUAGCACCGACGACAAAUUCGGCAAACCCACCGACACCACCUCGACAGGAUAAUGAGGAUGGAAACGGGUCCGAGGACAGCAUAGACGUGACUAACGAGGAACCGUUGACGCCUCAAAGAAGCGGUUGUACGCAACUUCCGCCUGUGAUCCCAUCGUUGUACUCGCCCGCCAGCGCUGAAACUGUGUACGAAACCAGCGCGAGGCUACUCUUUAUGGCCGUGAAAUGGGCGAAAAAUCUACCGUCUUUCGCAAGUUUACCCUUUAGAGAUCAGGUGAUACUUCUAGAAGAAGCUUGGUCUGAGCUCUUCCUAUUGAACGCGGUACAGUGGUGCCUGCCACUCGAAUCCUCGCCCCUUUUCAACUCGGCGGAACUGACUGCGUUGACUUUAUCGCCGCAUCCGCAUCCGCAUUCGGGAAUUCACAUGCAAACCACCACUGGAAAACCGAGUCAGGUGGCAGCGGAUGUGAGGCAUUUGCACGACACUUUGCAGCGAUACAAGGCCAUAAUGGUCGAUCCCGCGGAGUUCGCCUGCAUGAAAGCCAUUGUUCUCUUCAGACCAGAGACACGCGGCUUGAAGGAUUCCAGUCAGAUCGAAAACCUGCAGGAUCAAGCACAGGUGAUGUUAGGCCAACACGCAAGAGCUCAACAGCCAGCAAGUCCAGCGAGAUUCGGCAGAUUAUUGUUAUUGCUGCCAUUGCUGAGGACAGUGCCAGCGUCGCGUGUGGAAUUGAUAUACUUUCACAGAACGAUCGGCAACACUCCAAUGGAAAAAGUCUUGUGCGACAUGUACAAAAAUUAA